AUAUUGGUUGGUAGUCUGCCUCUGUUGCAAAGGGACACCCCUCCAUCUGUUCUCGGUGAAAAGGGCUGUUUUUAAUGCUAAAGAUAAAUUUCACCACAAACCUCAAAUUCAUUUUAUAACCAGUGCCAAUUACAAAAUAAAAGCUGCAGGAAGCAUUUCACUUGUCCCUUGCAUACUGCCUAAUUUUACCCCCAAAUUCAGUAGCCUAAAUACAUGCGUACAGUGGCUUACAAUGGACAGCACUGAGAAGAAAAAUUGAUAAUCUUCACGGAAGAGUAAUUUGAAUGAAAUUACAGUUGACAAGCAAUCUCAAAGCAAACUAAGGAGUGAGGGAGUCUGUAAGCUAAGCUCUGAGGGCUUGCCUAAGCCACUGCUGUUGGAGCUUCCAGGGUUUUAAAUAUUUUACUAAGGGCUUUGUUGAAUUUUGUGUAGCAGCUUCAAAUCAAGACACGCAACAAUGGAAGAGAAUAUGGAAGAAGGGCAGACACAAAAAGGGUGUUUUGAGUGCUGCAUUAAAUGCCUUGGUGGCAUUCCUUAUGCAUCCCUGAUUGCUACCAUCUUGCUUUAUGCUGGGGUGGCACUCUUCUGUGGCUGCGGACAUGAAGCACUCUCUGGAACGGUCACCAUUCUGCACAACUACUUUGAGGUGGCACGAUCUGCUGGGGACACCUUAGAUGUCUUUACAAUGAUUGAUAUCUUCAAGUAUGUCAUCUAUGGUGUGGCAGCAGCUUUCUUUGUUUAUGGGAUUCUGCUGAUGGUGGAGGGAUUCUUCACAACAGGUGCCAUUAAAGAUCUCUAUGGAGAUUUCAAAAUUACCACAUGUGGCAGAUGUGUUAGCGCCUGGUUCAUCAUGCUGACAUACAUCUUUAUGCUGGCCUGGCUUGGUGUCACAGCUUUCACCUCUCUACCAGUCUUCAUGUACUUCAAUAUCUGGACAAUCUGCCAGAAUACCACUGUUGUUGAAGGUGCCAACCUGUGCUUGGAUCUCCGUCAGUUUGGAAUUGUAACUAUUGGAGAGGAAAAAAAGAUAUGCACAGGUUCUGAGAAUUUCUUCAAGAUGUGUGAAUCAAAUGAGCUCGACCUGACAUUCCAUUUGUUUAUUGUUGCACUUGCUGGAGCUGGAGCAGCGGUCAUUGCCAUGAUCCACUACCUAAUGGUCCUCUCAGCCAACUGGGCUUACGUGAAAGAUGCCUGCAGAAUGCAAAAAUAUGAGGAUAUCAAAUCGAAGGAAGAACAAGAGCUUCAUGACAUCCACUCCACUCGCUCAAAAGAGCGACUCAAUGCAUACACAUAAAAUACACACUUGUUCUUAAAGUCCAUAUGUCACCUAUUUCACAUUACAAUCUGAUAUUAAACUACACUAUAAUAGUGUUCUAAAAAUAUAUACAUAUAUAUCAUUUAUACUUUUGCGCUGUAACUGUUUACAAUCGUAAAGCUUGUUUUGAGUGUUUCCGCCAAAAAGCCCUGAUUUCGAAUCUUGACAUCUGUGACGUCACUAGGGGAAAACACGAACCAUAAACCAUAAUCAGGCAUGCAUAUGCCUAUGGCAAAAAAAAAAAAAAAAAACUAUCAUAAGCACGGGCCUAUUUCGCGAUGGUUAAACUGUGUCAAAUAUACAUUUCACCUCAGAUAGGCGCAAGGAAAUGAAUGCAUUGCAUGAAAAAGUACUAUAUUGCGUGAAAGUAAAAUCAACGAGUUCGUCAGUGCACAAUGCAAAGAUCACGUCGUGCAACACAGUAACUAAAGCGUUUGUUGGUUUUUGACAGGUGCAAUUUUUUUUUUCUCUUGUAAGACACUGGUGCACAAGUUUUUUUACUUUUUUUUUACCAGCUUUAAUUAAACAAUUCCAUAUUGUUUACUGUUUAUCAAAAAUACAUUUUUAAAUAGCUGCAUCUAUAAGACACUUCAUAAAGAUAUAAAAAUGAUUACCAUAUUUGUUUUUUCUUACCCUGUAUACUAGUGCUCAAUAUUACUAGGAUAUCCACUGCGCAAAAUCAGUUCUCUGCAAGUGUUGCAUUUGUUUUUUCAGACGUCAGAUAUUAUGAUUGUUGUUGUUGUUGUUGUUGUUGUUGUUAUACAAUAUGCCGUUAUCAAAUAAACUCUGUGGCCCAAAACUACAUAAACAUGAGCACGGCUUUCACAUUGCUGACUUAACAAAAACAAUAACGUCAGAGUACUAUAAACCACCACAAACACAUUGCGUGCUCAAGUUUUCUGAUGCAGAAAUCAAAUGAAUGUAUCAUCCAGCUUUUUUAGGUAAACUUUUGAUGUUCAAUUGUAUCUUUAAGGUAAUGGUCAUAUGCACAUUAAGGGCAUCUGCCAAGAAAUAAUAAUUUCGUGCAGUUCACAAGGAGGUUUGGCCUAUUUCACUAAAUCGGGGAAAGCAUAAGUGUUUAUUUCGUGAAUGAAGCUGAGGAGCUAUACGUGACCAUGCAAGUCAUCUCGGCCCUGUAAUAUCAACAAUGCAUUUUUUGUUAAGUGGAUUGGAAACGGUAAACACUAUUUGCAACAUAUAAAUGGUACAAGAAACCAAAUCUAGAAAUACUUUUUUUUUUUUUUUUUUUUUAAUUGCCAUAAAUGAACUACUAGCCGGGGUUAACAGUAUACAAGAACAACAUUCAGAAUUGCCGACCUGCAGACAAGGGGGCGUGUCACUCGCAUUCCUCCUCCCAGUGGUUAUUUUCUCCUGCUGGAGGUUCAAAACAGUUCUGAAUCGGGCCUCAACCAUGUGUUCUUCCUCCUCACAAUUAAUUUCUUUACACACCACACUUCCGCUGCCCUUAUUGUAAUACAGACUCCUCAAAACGUCAGAGAAAUUCGUAAUGAUCGCUUUCACAGUCUGAAGCCAUGUAUAUCUCUCCUCUGUUCCUGGUAUGUGUUCCCCCCUAGUGACGUCAUGCCUACUUCAUGCAUCAUCGGUGGGUGGUUGGCAUUUUCCUGAAAUAUUGAUAGUUUUACAUCUCUCAGUGCUCUAAAAUUGACCAUGGAGAUUGCAUUUAUUGCUCAUUGUGAAAGUAAACUAAGUACAACCCCAAAGCCAAAAAAAAAUUUCUAUGUGAGAUAUGGACUUUAAGUUCCUGCUUUUUCUUUCUUCUCAGUUAACUUUUCUGAACUACUGUAAUGGUUUUGCCACAUAAACAUGGUCUGGGGGACAUGACACUAACUACAUUCUUGAGGAUAUCCCUUUGGGGGUUAUUUUUUAUUUGUAAUUUAAAUUGAGAUCAUUUUAGUUUUUAACUUAGUAAGUUCCUAUCUUAAUUCUGUGUAUGAAUUUGCAUUGCUUUACCAAUUAAUAUUCAAUGUCACUGUACAGGGAGGGAGGAAGGACUAUCGCUUAUUUCCACGUUUUGACUUCUAUACUAAUUUUACA